AGAUUAUAAGAUCAGGAUAUACAUCAUGAUGAAGAGAACUGCAGAUGUUCAUCUCAAGAUCCAGCAAUACUGAGAUCAAGCAAAACAGAAAGAGAUCGAUGAAGAAAUCAAGUGAAGGUACCAGUCAAGCUCCUGAAGCAAGUUUAUCAUCUUCUAGCCAGAGCAAGAAGGAACACGAUGUCGAUGAGGAGAAGGAGGAGGAGGAUGAGGAGGUGGUGGAUAAAGAUAGACAGCAGCAGCCCAGCAGCAAGAAUGGCGGUGUUAGCUCCAGCAGCAGCACCAUCGAAGAGAAUGAAAAGUCGAAGGGCGCUUCAGGCGGUGGAUCUGUACGACAGUAUGUGCGUUCCAAGAACUCAAGGCUUCGAUGGACUCCUGAUCUCCAUCUUCGUUUUAUUCAUGCGGUUGAAAGAUUAGGAGGGCAAGAGAGAGCAACACCAAAAUUGGUUCUUCAAUUGAUGAAUAUCAAGGGUCUUAGCAUAGCUCAUGUCAAGAGCCAUCUUCAAAUGUACAGGAGCAAGAAGAUGGAAGACCCAAACCAAGUUCUCUCAGAGCAAGGCUUCUACACAGAAGGUGGAGAUAACCAUAUAUACAACCUUACUCAACUCUCCAUGCUACAAAGUCUCAACCACCAAUGGCCUUCUUCAGGAUUAAGAUAUGGUGCUGAUGCCUCUUGGCGCGGCCGCCACGACAACCGCCACCAGAUUUAUAGCCCUUACAGCAGGACUCAGCUAUUUGAUCAUCAUAAUACAAGAGUUUCAGGACUUUAUGGUUCAGUUGCUGAGAGAAUAUUUGGAAGCAACAACAGUACUAGUACAACAACUACUACCGCUGCUACUGCACCGAACACUAUUCAAUUUCAUACAAAUCAUAUUCAAUCGGCUUGGAGAUCAAGGCAUCAAAUCAGUAUUCGAGUCCACGAUGAGCUCCGACCUUUCAACAGGCACUCAUGGCAAGAUCACAGUCGCUUGGACAACAGUAAUGAAACUCGAAACACACUGAAAAGAAAGGCUCCGGAAUCUUCAGAUAAUACUUCUGAUUUGGAUUUGAACUUAUCACUGAAAGUUCCCGCAACAGAAGAAAAGGUACUGGGAUUCGGUCUGUCUCUUUCUCUUUCCCCAUCUUCAUCGUCCUCGAAGCUCGGCUUGAUGAAGAAGCAAGAAGGUAAUGGUGAUCCUGAUAGGGAGCAUGGGAGAAACGCAAGUACUCUGGACCUCACUCUAUGAAUAUUAAGAGACAAAAUGUUAUAUAUUCUAAGUGAGAUCUUGAGGUACUUGUCGAUUCAAUUAGACCAAAAUGCUAGCCAUUCAACUUGACCAUUGUCAUAUUCUAUAGCAUAAAAAGGUAAUGAUCACCACUAUUGGAUGUGUUAAUUAGUUAAUUAGUUUCCUUUUGUUGUAUAUGUACUAAUAUCUUGUAUCUAUAUAUGAUAUAUAUAGCUAAGCAAGAAUCAAAUUAAUCAAUGGUGAAUAUCGAGGUUACAAGG